CUACGCCACUUGGUGGCAGUAAUGCACCAAUUCGUUGGUUUCUAUCCGCCAGUUAACCUCAAAGAAGAAAAAGAGCAAGAGAAGGCGCAAGGCAAGGUGUCAUCAGUAAGCCUUCCUGACACAAUGGGGCGUCACUUUGGAGACUUGGCCAAGAUAAGACACAUAAUUACUUACAGCAUUUCACCCUUUGAGCAGAGGGCUUUUCCCCACUACUUUUCAAAGGGAAUCCCCAAUGUUUGGAGACGAUUUUCAUCAUCUGUCUUCAGGGUUGCACCUCCUAUGGUUUUGAUGUACCUCACAUACACAUGGGGCAAUCAUGUUCAUGAGCAGAGCAAAAGGAAGAAUGCUGCAGACUUUGACAAGUGAACCAAGACAUCUUUGCAUUCUGUGUCAUUUAUAAAUAAAAAGAAUUGUGUUAAAUGAAAA